AUGGCUGUUGGACAACAGUUACAUCAACAACAGCAACAACAACAGCAGCAACAGUUGGCAACAGAGGACACUUUGAAAGAGUUGUUAUACAAGAUUGAAACAAUAGCAUUGAAGAAUACAAAGGUGCGAGAAUGUCUAGACCUACUCAAACAACUCUAUCGCAUUGCCAUCAACUACAACUCCCUAAUGGCUGACUAUCAUACCAAUGAACAAAAGGCACUCAAGGUCAAUCCAAGCUUUGUUGAGAAGUUGACUACAUUGAUCAUUGAUCCAAACACACCAUACAAGGUCAAGAUACUCUCAUUGUCCAUCAUUGCCAAGAUAUCAGAGAGUGAGCCACAACUACUUUAUAAGAACCUCAAGACAUUCGAAAGCAAGGUGUUGUCAUUGUUACUGUCACUAUUGAUAUCGACUGCUAAUAACACAGGUGGACAAUCAUCUUUGUUUGUUGGAAACAUUCCAUUGAUUUCACAACUUGGUCAAUGUCUAUCACAUGCCUCCCUAGUCUCUGAUCAGAAGCAAUCUGCAGGAUUCUUUAAGAUUGGAAGCAGCUCAACAGCCGCACCAGUCACUGAGCUGGAUGGAUCAGUAUCGAUUGAGUUCUUCACAGUAUUGAAUAAUGCACAGGUCUACACCGAGGACCAAUCAUUCAACAUAUAUUCAUUCAGUUUGUUAUAUUCAUGGCUCACAAGUCUUUACAAGCAGCCAGCGACAGAGCAGACACUCAAGUUCACAGAUUCUCCAUCAUCGUCAUCACCCGUCAUCACUUCACAGUCGACUUCAACUUCUUUGGACUCAGAUGCAGGAGUUGCCACAACACGCCAACUAAGUGCCAACUUCCAAUCGACAAUAGUAUCAUAUUGUCUGAGGAUCAUUGAUCAGUCCAAGCUGAAGCCCGUGGGCGAAGGUGGCAAGCCGGUAGUUGGCGAGACAGACAACUUGUCAGUGAUUGCACUGUUGGAGUCUGUGCGCAUACUUGACUUUCUAUGCUGUCUGGACAUCAACCUCGUUCCAAAGAUCUUCCCCACUGUACAGAAGGCAUACCAACUCCAUCUACCAUCAAGUCGCACAACCAACGCCAACUCUGGUCACGUCCUUCUCGCACUCCUCCAAUUCUUUGUCAAUCAUAGUCACACCCUAAUCUAUGAUCCAGAGCCAUUGUUCCGUGCAUACUUCCAGACCUACCUUCCAAGAACAUAUAUGAACUCAUUCGUGGCAUUCGAGACACUCAACUUCUGUAUCAAGAACAAGGACAACUUACUUAAAGACACCAAUGUGUUUGGAUUGUACUUCCCUCCCAUCUUCAAGUGUCUGGCAUGGUUCCCUCACAGCCACAUUGCUGAGUUCUCAGAGUUAUUACCAUCAUUGAUAUCACCAUCAACUUAUAUUGAGGUGUUCCAUCUGUUGCUGGACUUGCCUCUGUUGACUUCGUCGAUGGAGUCGGUGUUGGUCGAGCAGAGGAAGUACGCGUCGAUGGGUGGCGUGGACGUUGGCGAUGUGAAUGACACGGCCUGGAGCGAAUACCGUGUACUGUACAAUUAUCUGUUGCGAAAUGAGAGUGGCGUCAACAUCAACUUUUGGUCGUCCACCACCCUGCCCCUGCUUUACCAGUUCAGCAAGAAGACACCGACCACACCACGCACCAUUGGCGCAUGCGAGCUCGUGCCCUCGCUGCUACACAUCUACUUUGACGUGCUGCUUGGCUAUGGCGACCGAUCGGUGUUUGUCGCGCUGCUGCCAGUGCUGCUGGAGCGCAUCGAUCAAACAUUCCCAUUCGAGCCCUAUCAAACGGCGAUCAAGGAGACAUUGAUUGGCGAGCUGCAGUCGGUUUUCAAUCGACACCCGUCACUGGUGGUCAGCGAGCGUGACCUGUUGAUCUCGAUGGUCACAGAGGGCCGCGCUAACGCCGACGUUGUCACCGUGCUCUGCUGGAUCAUUGGCGAGUACGCGUCCACAUCGAUCUGCCCCGAGAUCAACUCGGUGAUCUUCAACGACUAUCACGAGGCGCUGGAAUUGAUCGCAUACGAGAAGAUCAAUCUGAUCAAGAUGGAGUCGCUGUCGGGCGCAACCAGCUCGUCGCUCACGCCAGGCAUGGCCAACCAGCUACAGAUGACACGCGAUGCGUCCGUGCUGACAGGCACGUCGUCGGCCAUGUCCAUGGAGUCGGCCAACAUCAUGCUCAUCCUAACUAGCGCGCUGACCAAGAUCGCGUCGCGAUGGCACGAGGCCACCAGUCGUGUGAUACUCUGCCUGCUCAAGAUACUGAGCUAUCAUCAAUACUUUGAUGCACAGGUGAUAUCACGUGCCAAUGAGUGUAUAUCAUUGUUGAAGUUCCCUAGCUUUGCCGGAGCGGUCUAUGACUGUGCUCCAUUAUCCAAUCGAUCGACCUACACCUCAUCAAUCAGUCACGACAAUCACUCCUCGCUCUCCUUCCUCCUGCACGACCCAACCAAAGCCUAUCUCACAACCAAUCCAAUCCAUCCCUAUACCCUAUCCAACCCAAACACUUCACAUAAUCAACAUCAACAUCAACAUCAAUCAAAUGAUCGUGAGCGUGAUCGUGAUCAAUCAAUCAUCAAACAGUAA